AUGAAGCACAAACGGUCCGUCAAGAGACAUGCCCUGGCAGAGCAGGCGGCUGAGAAGCAGCAGCGCAUCACGGACUGCCCAAAGGCUAGGGAUAUCCAGCGUGAAAGAGUCAUCGCGCUGCUGGAGACCCUGCUAUUCAUAUGCAAAUGUGACGCACCGAUUGAGAUGUGGGUUCAACUGGUGCGGCACCUAGCAGAGCGGCAAACACCGGGCUUCCCCGAGAAUGGCUACGGUGCUUAUUACACCAGAUACGGGUUUGCCGAGCUCAUCGCAAGCACUGCCACAUAUCUGCAUGCUCACGUGACGAUGCUCUGCUCCAUAGUCUCCUCGUGGACGGACAGCAACGGCCCGCGGAAACAGUCGAGGCAAUGCCUCCCUCCUCAAACCCACCUCCCCUUCCCUCCCUGUUACCCUCCCUUGUCGUGCAGAGAGGCGCUGGCAGCCAAGGACGCCGCCACUGCAGUCCCUGAGCUGGGCCUAAUCGACACCAUGCUGAAGGAACUCGCGGAAUACCUGGGAAGGUCGCAUCCCUCUCACAAUGAGUUCAAAGAGCUGCAGGAGGUGUUCUGUCAGACGAACCUUGAACUGCAGGGAAUUCACGCAGUUCGUUGGCUGAGCCGAGGCGAUGCCAUCACGCGCUUGGUGCGUGUGCUCCCUGCCGUCAUCGUCCUCAUGUGGGAGUGGGAUGACGACUUCUACCCCAUUGUGACUUCUGUGAAGUUCAAUGUGUAUCUCUAUUACCUCACUGACAUGCUCAUCAUCCUCAACAACCUCAACCUGGAGUUUCAGAAGCGGGAGGUGAGUUGCCCCGGCCUUCCCUCCCCAGCCUUCCCUCCCCGGCCUUCCCUCCCCGGCCUUCCCUCCCCGGCCUUCCCUUCCCGGCCUUCCCUCCCCGGCCUUCCCUCCCCGGCCUUCCCUCCCCGGCCUUCCCUCCCCGACCUUCCCUCCCCGGCCUUCCCUCCCCGGCCUUCCCUCCCCGGCCUUGUCGACAUGACAUCGGUGCAGUCGACUGUGCGCCGCACCUUGAUCACCAUCCGUACGCGCUACAUCGAGUGCGGCGAUGACUUCGGUGGCGGCCCACAACAACAUCUCGGGACCUUCCUAGCCAGGCUCAGUAAGUAUCGAAAAGUCACGGUGGAUGGCGUGGACAAGGAGGGGAGGCCGCGAAAGCAUAGCUUCGAGCUGCAUGAGGAGGCAUUGACAGGCUACAGCAAGACCCCGGAUGACUUGUAG